AUGAGACUUUUCAGCCAACGAUUUAGUUUAACUACAUGUUAUGGAGCUGCUACUCGCAGUGUUGCACAAGGUCGACGAGAUAAGAGCACGUUGGCGUACCGAGUGUUUGAAGACACUACGAGCGGCAUGGAACCAACAAAGACGGCGCUAGUGCUGCAUGGCAUUCUAGGAAACAAGCUCAAUUGGCGCACGUUCUCGCAGAAAUUGACCAAGGUGAAUCCAGACUGGCGCUUCAUCUGCUUGGACCUGCGUGGUCAUGGAGACUCGCCGUCGUUCUUGCAGCCACAUACAUUGGAAGCAUGUGCCGACGACAUUUUCAAAUUGACCGCUCACUUGAAGGUUGAUCCUACGGCCAUACUGGGACACUCUUUUGGAGGAAAGGUGGCGCUGACUUAUGUGCAGCAAUGCAUGAAGAAAGACUGCUCGCCUCCCAGCCAAGUGUGGGUUUUAGACUCGCUUCCAGGAACAGGUGCAACGGAUUACGCGAGCCGUGACCUCACGAACUCGAUCGAGACGAUUUUGCCGGUGGUGAAGAAAAUCCCGCUUCCCAUUUGCUCUAAAGCGCAGCUGGUGAAGGAUUUACAGAGCUACGGCGUUGCGCUGGGUGAAGCGCAAUGGCUCACCACCAACUUGCACCUGACCAGCAAGAGUCCUGAACUUUACGAGUGGAAAAUGGAUGUGGACGUCAUUGAGCAGCUCUACCGGUCUUUCCUGGCCACGGACCUCUGGCCUGUGGUGGAGAACUCACUUGCAAUGAAUGGCAAAGACGUGGAACUUCAUUUUGUGCAUGCUUCGAAGAACAAUAUGUGGACUCCUGAGCUACUCGACCGACUGGAUGCUCAGCAAGAAAACCAGGUCUACCACCAUUUACUGGAAAAAUCUGGUCAUUGGGUACACAUCGAUAAUCCCCUUGGUCUGAUGGAGAUCAUUCAGACCUACAUGCUUCAAUAG